AUGAAGCCUGCUCUACUCCAGCUCAUCAGUUAUAAUCAAUUUUCUAGCAUGGACAAUGAAGACCCUCAUGCUCAUUUGGUCACUUUCUAUGAAUUGUGUGGCUCUGAGGAUGUGGAACACAAAUUUCUUGCUCGCUUCUUUCCACCAUCAAAGAGCACAGAAAUAAAGGCUGCAAUUGCUACUUUCAUCCAAGGAGUAGAUGAACCACUAUGUGAAGCUUGGGAAAGAUUCAAAUCUUUAUUGAGGAAGUGUCCCUGUAAUGGAUUCAACCUAGAAAUGCAAGUGCAAACCUUCUGCAAUGGUUUACAACCUCAUACAAAGAUGAUACUUGAUGCAUCUUUUGGUGGUUCGGUUCUAUUCAAAAUUGUUGAUGAAGCCAUUGUUGUUAUUGAAAAUAUGGCCUCCACUGACAUGCGAAGUCAACAUGGGAGAACACAAGCACAAAAGAGAGGAGUUUAUGAACUUGGUGCUCAGGAUGCACUACUUGCACAAAACAAACUUCUGGCCCAACAAAUGGAGUUCCUAACUGAAAGUAUGUCCAAGCUACCUCAACAGUGUCAAGCAAUGCAAGCUCAUGCUCAACCGCAUCAUCAGGUAAUGAGAUGUGAUUUCUGUGGAGAUAAUCAUCCCAACGGUCAUUGUCAAGUUCCUAGUAGUUCCCAACCUGAAGAAGUCAACUAUAUGGAGAACCAAGGAAGACAAAACUUCUUCAACAACCCUUUCCCUAAUCCUUCCAAUCAAGGGUGGAGACAAGCUCAAGGAGCUUCUAGUAGUAGAAAUCUGUAUCAACCUGCUCAACUUGAUCAACAUUAUCCAUCUGAGAGUGAUCGGACUUCACAACUAGAAGAAACAUUGCAAAUGUUCAUGCAACAAUCCAUCCAAAACCAGAAAAAUAUUGAUGCAUCCAUAAAGAAUCUGGAAGUGCAAGUUGGUCAGUUAGUUAAGCAAUUGACAAACCAACAUGGUGGAUAA